ACCGGGACGGUAGACUGGUGCCGUGGCGUGCUACGUGGCGCAGAGCGCAACUAGUUAAAGAACUAGUUCAAGGUUUGAUUGGUACGAUAUUAUUUAGAAUGAUGACCAUGGUUAUAAAGCGCUAUGCUAAAAUAACGGAUACAAGAUGUCCCUUAACUAAGUAGAGUCAGUCAACAUUGCGAUCAAAAUAAACUAGGCAGAAGUUGCCACGUGUUGACUUUCCUGAGCCUAAAGACAUUAAAGUCCUUCAGACUCUUUGAAUUGAUGUCCUUAAAAUAAUUACGCUUUGAUUAAAUGUCCUUAAUAUAAUCACGCUUUGAUUUAUCUCCUUAAUAUAAUAUACGCUUUGAUUUAAUAUCCUUUAGACACUUUGAUGUAUAUCCUUUAGUUUAGACGCUUUCACUUGGACCCGCGGGUUAGGUUAGUAGGCUAUGUCAAUCAGUCACUAUCUAGUUCACAACAGACUGAAUACCUAAACACAGAAUACACGCAAGGUAUUAGUUAGAUACAGGGUGUUUAGGGUUAGUUAGAUACAUUGUUAGUUAGGGUUAGGUAAAUACAUUGUUACUUAGACUUCGGGUUAGUUAGAUACAGGGUUAGUCAGGGUUAGGUUAGUUACAUGUAUUGUUGGUUAGGAUUAGUUCGAUUUAUUGUAGGUUAGGGUUAGUUAUAUACAUUGUUAGAUAAGGUUAUGAUUUGUUAGAUAGGCCUACAUUGUAAGUUAGGGUUAUGUUAGUAAGGGUUAGGGUUAGUUAGAUACAUUGUUAGUUAGGGUUAGUUAGAUACAUUGUUAGUUAGGAGUAGUUAAAUACAUUGUUAGUUAAGGUUAGGGUUAGUAAGAUACAUUGUUCGAUAAGGUUAAGAUUUGUUAGAUACAUUGUUAGUUAGGAUUAUUGUUAUUUUAGUUAAGGUUAGGGUUAGUUAGAUAUAUUGUUAGAUUAAUCGUUGGUCCUCCAGUCUGGACCGGUUGGGCGGGGCCUCCGUCACCAUGGCUAUUGCAUCAUCCGGAAACAACGCAUCGUGGAGCACAUGAACCUCACACACGGACUGCAUGAAGCUGACGCACGGACAGAGCGUACACACAUCGGAGCUCUAACCGAAGUCCUGAUGCUGAAUCGUUAUUUUAGCGGUGUUCUCGUGCAGCUCUUUCGCUCCUAUCUGCUCAGGAUGCAUGAGAAAUAGCAGGAUCGCAAUCUUUACGCAAGUCCCGCUUGGCGCGUCUGCGCUUCCCUUUCUCUGUAGUCGGUCUGUAGGACUCUGUCUGAUGGAGAAGCAGCCCUUGCCGCUGGAGGGUGCAGAGGUCGCGGCGUCGCUGUUAGGGGCCAACGGCGCCGCAGGAAGCAGCGAGCUGCCGGUGACUUCCUGCCCGUCGGAGCCGCCCGCCAGGGACGGCUGGAACAGCAAAGUGGAGUACUUCCUGGCCCAGGUGGGCUUCAGCGUUGGCCUGGGCAACGUGUGGCGGUUCCCCUACCUGUGCCACCAGAACGGAGGAGGAGCGUUCCUGCUCCUCUAUGUGCUGCUCAUGCUGCUGGUGGGAAUCCCGCUGUUCUUCCUGGAGCUGGCGGCGGGCCAGUCCAUCCGGCAGGGCAGUAUUGGGGUGUGGAAGCACAUCUCCCCCAAGCUGUGCGGGAUCGGCUACUCCAGCUGCGUGGUGUGUUUCUACGUGGCGGUCUACUACAACGUUAUCAUCAGCUGGAGUCUCUUCUACCUGGGGAACUCCUUCCAGAGCCCGUUGCCUUGGGAACAGUGUCCGGAACAGGGCAACAUAACGGUGGCGGAGUGUGUGGCCAGCGCCCCCACCACCUUCUUCUGGUACCGCACGGCGCUGGACGUCACGGACUCCAUCGAGGAGACGGGCCAGCUCAACCUGUCCCUCACCUGCUGUCUGCUGGCCGCCUGGACCGUCGUGUGCCUGGGCAUGUUCAAGGGCAUCAAGACCUCCGCCAAGGUCAUGUACUUCUCGUCCAUCUUCCCCUACGUGGUGCUGCUCUGCUUCCUGGUGCGAGGCCUGCUGCUGGACGGGGCGCGGGAGGGCAUCGUCCACAUGUUCUACCCCAAGCUGGAGAUCUGGGGCAGCGUCCAGGUGUGGCGGCAGGCGGCCACGCAGGUGUUCUUCGCCCUGGGCCUGGGCUUCGGCUCGGUCAUCGCCUACUCCUCCUACAACCCCCGGAGCAACAACUGCCACCGUGACGCCUUCACCGUGUCCUUCAUCAACUUCCUGACCUCGCUCCUCGCCACGCUGGUGGUCUUCUCCGUGCUCGGCUUCCGCGCCAAGAACACCGUCAUGACCUGUGUUGCCAGCAACGUGGAGCUGUUCUCCCAGCAGUACGGCGCUGGGCCCGGGCCACAGGAGAGAUGGGUGCCCAGCUUCAACCUCUCUGAGCCGGGUUCUGUGGGCCUGGAGGAGUACCGGAGCUGGUUCCACGCCCACGGGGCCCGCGGCCCCUGGAACCUGACGGACUGCGACCUGGAGAAGGAGAUGCAGAAGGGGGCACAGGGCACCGGCCUGGCCUUCAUCGCCUUCACAGAGGCCAUGUCCCUGCUCCCCGGUAGCCCCUUCUGGUCCGCCCUCUUCUUCCUCAUGCUGCUGAACCUGGGCCUCAGCACCAUGUUCGGCACCAUGGAGGGCAUCCUGGCGCCGCUGGCCGACAGCUUCAAGGUCCUGGCCCGCAACAAGACCAAGCUCACGGUGGGCGGCAGCGUCCUGGGCUUCCUGAUUGGCCUGCUCUUCACCCAGCGCUGCGGGAACUACUUUGUGAGCAUGUUCGACGACUACACGGCGACGCUGCCCCUCAUCAUGGUGGUGGUCUGUGAGACCUUCAGCGUGUCCUGGCUCUACGGCGCCGACAGGUUCCUGGACGACAUCGAGGGCAUGCUGGGCUGGCGUCCCAACGUCGUCUACAAGUACCUGUGGAAGUACGUGGGCCUGCUGGCCAUGCUGGGGCUGCUGGGCGCCAGCCUCAUCCGGAUGGUGCUCCAGAGACCAACCUACCUGGCCUGGAGCCAGGAGAAGGCGUCUGAGGAGAGGCUGCAGUACCCGGACUGGGCCCUGGCGCUGCUCUCCCUGCUCAUCCUCUUCGCCAUGAUGCCGGUCCCCCUGGGCUUCGUCCACGCCACCCUGCGGAGCCGUGCGGCGCGGGGGGCUUGGGCCCCCGCCGGCUUCCAGGCCGUCCCCACCGCCGACGAGUGUGAGACCCCCAUGACAGACGUGACGGACGUGGAGCAGACGGCGGUGUAGCGGAGAUCCAUCGGCCGUUUGGAGGUUCAGGAUCGAUGACAUCAGAGGUGAGCAGUGAGUCACGCUACGAUGCAGCGUAUUGAUCGGCUCAGUGAUCGAUCAAUACGCUACGAUUCAGCGUAUUGAUCGGCUCUGAUCGACCAAUACGCUGGGAUGCAGCGUAUUGAUCGGCUCAGUGAUCGACCAAUACGCUACGAUGCAGCGUAUUGAUCGGCUCAGUGAUCGACCAAUACGCUACGAUUCAGCGUAUUGGUCGGCUCAGUGAUCGAUCAACGCUGUUGGAGUCCAGAGGGCCCCAAGCGGGCCCCGAACGUCUCGGGUAUCGGGGGGGGAAUAUGGGAAUACCAUCAGGAGCUCAGGGUGCAAUUUUGAACAAAGAGUAACUAGGCCAUCUUUAUGUCUGUCCAUACUGGUCAUUACCGAGGCCACUGGUUUGUGUGUGUGUAUACUGGUCAUUACCGAGGCCACUGGUUUGUGUGUGUGUGUAUACUGGUCAUUACCGAGGCCACUGGUUUCUGGAUCCAUUCACUGGUCUCAGCUCACCGGUCAGUCCGUCCAUGUUCUAUUCUUUCUUUACUUGCUGCUAUCUGCUUCUGCAGUGUUUUCUUGUUUUACUUAUUUUGUGAUGUCAAGACUUUUAUUGGGACCAUUUACUGCUGUGCUCGUGUCAUGAAUGAUCUUUAUUCCUGUAUUUAUUAUCAUUUCUCUCUGCUCUUUUUUUUUUUGUCUUUAAUCUAUGAUAAGACGCCUGCUUGGUUGUCUUUCUUUUAAUUUAUUUGUGUUUCUAAUUGGUUGAACGAGCUGAUACGUCUCGUCUUAGCUGCGGUCCAACAGUUCCUUCUGUAUUAAUCCAGGCGCGUGCCGUCCGUAUGGGCAGGUGCGGCAGAGAACUCCCUGCAAAAGCAUGCUCCCAACAAAAUAGUUCCUCAGUAAAUCAUUGCUCCAAGUUUAUUUUUAAUAAUGUGAUUUUCCGACUAACUAUCUAUAGUUUCUGUACGCUUUCCAACUAUUUUUGGUCUCUUGACCUAAAAAUUUGGAUGAUGGUGGGCAAUGUUGGGGCAGGGCAGCUCAGUGACCGCAUUCCUCCGUAUGUUUAUCGCUCAACCCUGCAGGCUGCAAAAAGAAUUGCAAUCCGCGCUAUAAGACGCCUAUAUGGUCGUAAAGUAGACUGCCCCGCGGUCAUAUUCUAGAACUGUUGUUGUUUGACCUCAAAUUAUUCCACGCGUAUCUUUCAUCGUUUCCAUAUCAGAUGCAGAUAUGGCGAGUGGUUUUGCACCAGUGAUUAACAGUGUUGAGAUUCUGUUAAAAAAAACAUUUCAGAGGUUAAAAUUGAAAGAAGUUAGAAAUCAAACAACUUGGGCCAGACGGACCUAAACAUUAUCCAACAAACGAAGGAUAGGGGGAAAACUUACAACAUAACUUUCUCCCGAGCAUGGCAUGAAAAUAAAUAAUGUCUAUGUGGUUGCUCAAAGAGAAACACUGCGUUUUGUUUCCCAUGUCUACUUUUUUGAGCAAGUGUGUGAACAGGACGGGGGGAUAUAUGAACCACGGAUGUGAGUGAUGUGAAGCAUAUAUAUAUAAUACAAUAUUAUAUAUGUAUAUAAUAUAUACAUAUUACAAAAACAAAUUGUGGGUGUGGUCAUACGCCAGUAGUUUCUACCACACUGAAAUUUAGGGUCACCGCACGCUACUGAUUAAAUCAUCUCAAUAUUGACCUCUAAAGAACAAUUAGUUUUACCCUCUUCUUAACACAAGGUCCUUUGAAAUUGUAUAUAGUGUUAAAAUAAGGAGAGUUCUGCUUUCUGAUCCAUGUAUUGGCUAUGGUUGUUUGACAGCUUUGAUUCCAUGUAUUGUUUUCUGAAAAUCUUUUUACUUUAAAGGGUCUUUGUCAAAUCUCUUGAACUCUUACUACCUGCACACAAACCAAUCAGAAUCUGGAAUAUGCUUCAGCUGACCAAAUGUUUUGGUCAGCUGAAGCAUAUUCCAGAUUCUGAUUAUAGUUUCUGGUUAUACUCUUUACAAGUAACGGCCAGAUCGUUACAAAUAUCUGUUCUUUGACGUAAUGAAUUUAGGUACUUUUUUUAAAUAUGUUAUUUUUAAUGUUUGACUGAACAAAUGGUUUUGGUUCCACGCGGGCAAAGUGGUCACAAGGUUUCAAACGUUACAACAAGUCUUUUGUGGUGGAAAUCAAAUCGAAUUCUGUCGUACAAUGAGAUGAAAAUACUCUUUUGGGAGAUGUUUUUUAAAGGGGACAUUUACAUCACUAGGUGGACACGCCCACUAGUGAUGUCAGAUUUUCAAAAGGGCUUGUAAGGGCCAAUCACACUCACACCUGGUGGUAUGAUAUGUCACCUAAGUUGAUGUCAUUCCUGUGCUCUUUUUAUCUAUUGCUGUCUUGUUACAAAUUCGUUUUAGGUACUUAUAUUUGAUAGUGGUUUAGAGAGUUGGAUUCAAAGCUUACGUAUUUUCUUGAAGCAAUAGUUUUGCGUUUCAUUUUAUGCGUUCAACAUUGAAAAUUUAUGGUUUGUACAUUUGUUUAGCAGGAUACUCUUCUUUUUUUAUCUGUAAAGUUAUAGCUCUACAAUUAUAAUGUAAAUAAAUUGAUUCAUGUUUUGAAA